UUUCUCGCACACCUGGAAAGCGGAGAGCGCGAGAGAGCCCCCCGCAGGCAGAUCGCCAGUGGCUGACCGCCCGCAGAGCGCAGACGCCCCCCCCCCCCCCCCCCCCCCCCCCCCCCCCCCCCCCACAUCCGGCAUCCGUCCUAGAGACGCAACGCAACAAUAAAAGAGGACAGGACAGAGAGGAAACCCCGAACACCGAGAGCCCCUCCCGUCCCGUCCCAACCCAAGCACCGCGUCGAACAAAGCAUCGACAUACAGACAGCCAGACUGCGAGGGAAACCGGGUCCCCCAAAACCAAAUACUCUGUGUGCGUACGCGCGGCAGUGAGCGACGAGGCGCGGUGCGCGCGCACUGGCCAUGAGCCGGGGCCGCGCACGCCGGCCGGUUCCAGGCAGCGGCACCCGCGCCGGCGCGCUCGAGGUCCUCCUCCUCCUGGCGUCCGCCGUGCUGCUGGCAGCGUGCCCCGCCGCGGCCGUGGAGGCAGAGGCAGGGGACGAGGAGGCGGUGGACUACGGCGCUGCGCUGUCCAAGAGCCUGCUCUACUUCGAGGCGCAGCGGUCGGGGCGGCUGCCGCACAACCAGCGCGUGCCGUGGCGGGGCCACUCGGGCCUCACCGACGGGCUGCAGCAGGGCGUGGACCUGGUCGGCGGCUACUACGACGCCGGGGACCACGUCAAGUUCGGCCUGCCCAUGGCCUUCACCGUCACCAUGCUCUCCUGGGGCGCCAUCGACUUCGCCGACGACGUCGCGGCCGCCGGCGAGUGGGGCCACGCGCUCGAGGCCAUCAAGUGGGGCACCGACUACUUCGUCAAGGCGCACACCGAGCCAUUCGUCUACUGGGCAGAGGUGGGCGACGGCGACACGGACCACUACUGCUGGCAGCGGCCGGAGGACAUGACGACGUCGCGGCAGGCGUACCGCAUCGACAAGGACAGCCCGGGCUCCGACCUGGCCGGCGAGACCGCCGCCGCGCUCGCCGCGGCCUCCAUCGUCUUCCGCCGCUCCAACCCGCAUUACUCCCACCUCCUCCUGCACCACGCCCAGCAGCUGUUCGAGUUCGGAGACCGGUACCGCGGCACGUACGACAGCAGCAUCGAGGAGGUGCGCAGCUACUACGCGUCCGUGAGCGGCUACCGGGACGAGCUGCUGUGGGCGGCGCUGUGGCUGCACCGCGCCACGGGCCGCGACGAGUACCUCCGCUACGCCGUCGACAAGGCCGACUCCUUCGGCGGCGUCGGCUGGGCCAUGACCGAGUUCAGCUGGGACGUCAAGUACGCCGGCGUCCAGGUCCUCGCAGCCAAGCUGCUGCUGGAGGGCGACCCGGGAGCCCAGGAGCACGGCGCGGUGCUGGAGAAGUACAAGGCGAAGGCGGAGCACUACCUGUGCGCGUGCCUGGGCCGGAACGGCGGCAACGGCAGCGACGACGUGGAGCGGAGCCCCGGCGGGAUGCUGUACGUGCGCCAGUGGAACAACCUCCAGUACGUCUCCAGCGCCGCCUUCCUCCUCACCGCCUACUCGCGCUACCUCGGCGGCGGCCUCCUCCGCUGCCCCGCGGGCGCCCCCGCCGCGCCGUCCGACCUGCUGGCCCUGGCGCGCUCGCAGGCCGACUACAUCCUGGGCCGCAACCCGCUGCGGCUCAGCUACAUGGUCGGCUACGGCCGCCGGUACCCGGUCCGCGUGCACCACCGCGGCGCCUCCAUCGUCGCGCACAAGGCCAACAGCCGCUUCAUCGGCUGCAUGCAGGGCUUCGACGACUGGUUCGGCCGCGGCCGCCCCAACCCCAACGUGCUCGCCGGCGCCAUCGUCGGCGGGCCCAACUCCAGGGACGAGUUCCGGGACGAGCGCGAGAACUACAUGCAGACCGAGGCCUGCACAUACAACACCGCGCCAAUGGUCGCCGUCUUCGCCAGGCUGCACCGCCUGGCGCGCGACGGCGGCCCUGCCGGAGGUGUGCCGGAGAGGAACGACGCCCGAUGAGCUAGGCGGACUGUAGAUAAAAAAUGGUGGCGGCGGUGGUAUGGAAAGGCGGGCCAGGGUAAUUCUUUUUUUUCUUUCUCAUAAGCUUAUAAUUUACUACUAGCUGCUUCCAUAUAAUUAUUUUUUUGAAGUGUUAAUAUGAGAGAAAGAUAAAGGAAAAGAGAGUUUUGGUUAGUGAAAGAAAGGACAGGAAUCAUAGUGGAGCAAUAAGGACGAGAAAAGGGCCGGUGUGCAGUGUAUGUGUUUAAAUCUAGGUGUCUCAGAACUGAAAAGAACUGUAAUAUUUAUUUACUGGGAGAAACAGCAAAUACAUAGUCACAGACAAAUUACAUGCUCUAUCUAUCUUCGGAGUAAUGUUUGCUGUAAUGUGUUCUCUUUACAUGCAUACAACUAUAAGUUCUCUUA